UUAUUUUUUCAAAAGAACUUAGGUGGCGCACAUCCUUAUUAGCCAGAAUGACCUUCGGAAGGGCAUUUCUUUACCGGCUGAUGACGACGCUCCGUCAUUUCGGCCGACGCUGCAGAUCCAAUAUGAUUCUGGCUUUCGCACUCGCUCUUGGCGCUCUCCUCGUCGCGACAAGUGAGGGCUGCGAGAGACACGGAGCCAAGUGCCCCGAGUACACAGUGCUGCAAACACACGAGGACUACGAGGAAAGGCGGUAUCCGUCACUCGUGUGGGUGAGCGCGUCUGGAAGUGGAAAGAGCAAAUCCGAUGUUUCCAGAAAACUCAUUAAAAAAUUGUACAGCUAUCUGGGUGGAGCCAACAGCAAAGGGAUGAAUCUGGACAUGAUGGUUCCCGUUCGCACGAAGAAAGUGGUUCACGAGGGUUUCAAUACUUACACGAUGGCCAUCCCUUUGAGACCCGAGCAGAGCCAUGACCCACCUCAGCCCGAAGAUGUUACUGUCACUGUGUCCAGAGAACCCGAGAUUACUUACUUGGUCAGGUCCUUCGGUGGAUUCGUGCGUCAAGAAACCAUUUGGGAUGAUCAAGCUGCUGCCCUGAGAGUUUCUCUUCAGAGCGAUGCUGCUGCCCCUUUCUACUACAUGUCCGUGUAUGACAGUCCCUGGCGAGAGACAGACAGACUGAACGAGGUGUGGUUGUUGAAAGAAUGAAGCUGAAGCGAACAAAAAAUACCAUCAUUCGCAUUGUAUCUUGAAAAUUUGUAUUUAAAAAGUAUAACUCAUAAUUUUAUACUUUUCUGAAAUGAAAAUAAAUAGUGUUAUCUCCUUUGUAAUUGAGAAAUAAAGAAGAGAAAUUCGUAUUGAA